AUGAAUUUAUUUGUCAAAUCAUCGAAUUUCAGCUUUGUGUUUGGUUCAUCCCUUGAUUGGUUUCACCAAUCAAAACUUUCAGAAAAGGCGGGAAUGAAAAAAAAUGAAAAUUGGCCAUUUAGCGGAAAAAAUCUAUUUUUUUUUUCAGAAAGCUUUUUUGCGCGUCGUUUAUUGCAUUGUAGAUAUUUAUGCUAUGCCCUGGAAGGGCAUGUGCCAUCAACACCUAAAGGUCGUGGGGCAAGCACAUACAAUAGCUCAGACAAUUUGGGCUAUAUCCGGGGCUUGCAUGGUAAACAAAAACAAUUAAUAAAAAAAUUGGUCCAUAUUUGCAUGAUUGAUGGUAAAAAAACGAGAUCUCGUGCUAUUGUUUAUAAAACUUUUCAUUGUCUAGCUCAGCAUGGCGAUAUAUUAAGACUUUUGGUUAAUGCCAUAGAAAAUGUCAAGCCUGUUUGUGAAGUGAAAAAGGUAAGAAUUUCUGGUACUACUCAAUUAGUACCAUCUAUUAUAGCAACAAAUCGUCAAGAAACCUUAGCCAUUCGUUGGAUGCUCGAAGCAGCAGCCAAACGACAUAUGAACAAAAAAAGCAUGAGCUUAGACCAAUGUUUAGCUGAUGAGAUAUUGGAUGCUUCCCGAAAGAUGGGGAUUGCACGUAAAAAAAGGGAUGAUCUUCAUAAACUGGCUCAAGCCAAUCGUAGUUUUUCGCAUUAUAGAUGGUGGUAA